AAAGAAAAAUCGGCCUGUUUACUGUGCUGACUCAUUAAAAAUACUGAAAGUCUCUGCCAUCCAAAGAAGUCAGAGAAAGAGAAACUGUUUCUCUGGCUAGCUAGCUAGACACAUGUAUACGGGUCAAGAUGUCCGAAGAGUGGAAGGCCAAACUUGAUUCACCUAUACAAAGUGUUCAAAAACAGGUAGGGCACCUUGAGAUCAACAUAGAGGAUAUAGCGUCCCUACAGACCGAGCGGUGUGGUGUAUGCUACCUCGAGAAGCCGAGCUCAUCAUUCCACGAGUAUACCAGCUGUCAGCAUCGAUUCUGUGUUGACUGUAUACAACGUGCUUACCAUGACAACAUAACAAGCUCGAUGAUCAGCAUUCAGUGUCUAGAAUGCAAGGGGCAGGUACAUCCUGAAGAAGUCAAGAGUCUAGUCAACCACGAACUAUACGAACGAUAUCUAAAUCUCUCAUUACGUAAGUGUCUAUCAACCAUCCCUGAAGUACGAUAUUGUCUCUCGCCUGAUUGCCCUUAUGCGUGUAUUUUGGCCAAAGUCAAGUCAAAAUCUGUUUCCGAGGAAGACAGACAUUUUAUUUGUCAGAGAGAAGAAUGUAAGAGAGAGUAUUGCAAUGAUUGUAAACUAACAUGGCAUCCGGACAAGACUUGUGCACAAGCAAGAGCUGAAGCGCCCGAGUCAGAAGCUAUACCGGAGGCCAUUCUCAAGCAACUAAACGCUAAACCGUGUCCCAGUUGCAAGUCUAUGAUUGAGAAGAUGGAGGACGGUACGUGUAACGAAGUCAAGUGUGUCGUGUGCCACACCUCCUUCUGCUGGCUGUGUUUGAAGCCUGUGUCUGAGAUGCACUUCAUGAGUCCUACCGGCUGCCCCAUGUUCGGCAAUCAGAGGUGGAGUCGUAAGAAGCGUUACUGUUGUCGACUGUGGCUAUGGAUACUCGCUCCGUUUGGUACCCUCAUAGUUGCUCUACUACUCAUUCCCGUGAUCAUUUUAGCGCUUCCCAUCGUGUUUGCAUAUUUUGUGUAUGAUUCCAAGUGCGCCCGCAAUCGCUCAAAACCCUGUCGAGUCAUCGUGGUGAUUAUCUUCACAAUCAUAUCCAUCCUCCUCUCUCCACUCAUAGCCAUACUCUGUUCUCUGCUGGUCAUACCUAUACUCAUAUUUUAUGCCUAUUGCUUUGUACCAGUUCACAUCUGUGUGCAGAGCACGUGAGCCUUUUUGAACACAUAAUGUUUUACAGUAAUUAUACCUCAGUAGCUAGAAUUCAUUAUUUAUUUCAUGAAUUUAGUGCGUAUAAUUAUUCUGCGUGCGUGUGACUGUUUUUUGAACACACAAAUUGUUAUUUAUG